CAACUGAGCUAUUCUGCCAGGACUAAAAGUUCUGUUCUUAAAGAAAAGUUUGAAACACAUGCAUGAAUGUAUCUAGGCAACUGGAUGGAACCAAAUCCUGUUUAUUUUCAUAGCACAUCAGUGGACGUGCUACUCUGGGGAUCUCCUAGAGUGUCUGAAGCAGCCAGGACUUUAUUACUUGGGCCUCCACUAAAAAAGUAGUAACGGUAACCUCAGAUUGAUCGCUGCAAGCUCUGCACACUAUGUGCCCUGCGUGCAAUAGCUCUUUAUUUCUCCCUCGACCCCAUGAGGUUGAUACUGUCAUCUGCCUUUCUCAACAAGGAACCUGAGGUUUAGGGAUAUAAGCGGCUGGCCCAAGGCAGUAGCAUGUUGAAGGACCACUUCCUGGUUCAUAGCCAGUGGCUUCUGGCUGUGUCCUCACAUGGUGGGCAGGUGUGAAGGGGCACUGUGGAGGCUCAUUUAUAGAAACACUAUGAUUCAUGAGGGCUCCACCCUCAUAACCGAAACACCUCCCAAAAGCCCCCACUUCCAGAUACCAUUACAGCAUGCAUUAAGAUUUCAACACAUGAAUGUAAGGGGAGAGACCCAGACAUUCAGACCCUAGCAGUAAGUUCCCAUAAGUUUUUAAAAGGUAGGUUCCAGGGUGUGUGAAAGUUGGAGGGAGUGACUGGAGACAACAGAGUGGAAUGUGGUGCAUUCCUGCAGGGAAUUGGGUGGGAUCCAUUGAGGUUCCCAAGUUUGUUUUCAGAACUGCAAGAGACAGGCUGCCAUGCUUGCCUACAGACAGGAGCUGUGAACAGGGUUGGGGCUGUGAGACCUAGAUUUGGAGGGCACCCUAAUCCUAAUUGCAAAUGUUAUAUUUAGACACUUAGCAAAAUGUCAUGCUAGCAAAUAUGAUUAUCAAGUAAUCAGGUUACUCAAUGGGGGUCUCAGUUAUCCCAUCUGUAAAAAGGAAAUGAGACCCACUGCCCCUGACUGGCAAAAUUUAAAUGAGAUAUGCAUGUAAUCUUUCUGGCACUUAACAGGCACUUAAUAAAUAGCAGCUGUUAUUGUUAUCAUUUUAAUUGUACAUAGCUCCAUUUUGAAUUUGUUCAAAUGAUUGAACAGAUCAUAAAUUACAUGAUAAUAACAAAUGUUAUGGUUAGCAGAUACAGAUCUGUGGAUCCAGAACAGCACCUGAAGUAGCUCAGAGGUCAUGCAGAAGGCUCUUGGCCCAGUGUCUUGGAAGAAAUUGGAUCUGAAGAUGGCAUCUAGGGUGCUGUGGGGCAGCCUCAGCCUGCUCCGCCUGCUGUGGUGUCUCCUUCCACAGACAGGUUAUGUGCACCCAGAUGAGUUCUUCCAGUCACCUGAGGUCAUGGCAGAAGACAUCCUGGGCAUAGAGGCUGCCCGGCCUUGGGAGUUUCAGCCCAGCAACUCCUGCCGCACCGUGGUCUUCCCACUGCUGACCUCUGGCUCUGCUUUCUGGCUGCUCAGGCUCUGGGGAGAGUUGGGACUGUGGCCCAUCCCAGUGAGUGGGUACGUGCUGCUGGUGGCACCGCGGCUCCUCCUCACUGCCCUCUCCUUUGCUCUGGAUGUGGCCGUGUACCACCUGGCCCCACUGUGGAGGGCAGAGCGCUGGAAUGCCCUGGUCCUGCUGUCUGGUUCCUACGUCACCCUGGUCUUCUAUACAAGGACCUUCUCCAAUGCCAUCGAGGGACUGCUCUUUGCAUGGCUGCUGGUACUGGUAUCCUCCCGUGUAGCUUGGAGCCCCACAACCAAAGAGCCUGCUCCGUGGUGGCACAGCUGGCUUCUUGGAAGUAUCGUGGCGGCUGGCUUCUUCAACCGGCCCACCUUUCUGGCCUUUGCUCUGAUCCCCAUCUUUCUCUGGAGCAUUUGCGGAGCCACGAACCCUGCCUUCAAGUCACUGAUCAAGGAAGCCCUGGGGCUCCUCCCAGGAUCAAUCCUCACCGCAUCAGUGUUUGUGGCUGUGGAUAGCUGGUAUUUCUCCACUCUCUCUAGAUCCAGGGCCCUUGUCCUGACGCCUGCCAAUUUCCUACACUACAACCUGGAUCCUCAAAACCUGGUGAGGCAUGGCACACAUUUUCGGCUCACUCACCUGGCAGUCAAUGGCUUUCUGCUUUUUGGGAUGCUGCAUGCCCAGGCCCUGCAGGCUGGGUGGCAAGAGCUGCAAGCCUGCCUCCAGGCCUUUAAACAAACAGGCUUUCGGAGGGUGCCGGAUGCCCAGAGUCUACUGUCCAGCCCCAGGUCUCACCUUCUGCUCUUCUACUUCCUGCCCCUGGCCCUGCUGUCUGCUUUUAGCCACCAGGAGGCUCGGUUCCUGAUCCCCCUUCUGGUCCCCUUGGUCCUGCUUUGUAGUCCACAGACCCAACCUGUGCCCUACAAGGGCACCCUGGUCCUCUUCAAUGUUCUGGGCGCCCUCUUCUUUGGCUGCCUGCACCAGGGGGGUCUAGUACCUGGCCUGGAGCACCUGGAGCGGGUGGUUCAUGCACCUGUGCUCCCAAGUGUACCUACCCACUACACACUCCUCUUCACCCACACCUAUAUGCCUCCCCGACACCUCCUACAUAUCUCAGGUCUGGGAUCACCUGUGGAGGUGGUGGACCUGGGUGGGACCGAGGACUGGGUACUGUGCCAAGCACUGAACAACUUCACCAGACAACCAGCCUGCCAAGUGGCUGGUGGACAGCGGCUCUGCCGCCUUUUUGUGGUGACUCCUGGCACCACCAGGCCUGCCAUGGAGAAGUGCAGUUUUCCCCUCAAGAGUGAGACACUUGUGUUUCCCCACUUGACCCUUGAGGACCCACCAGCCCUGUCCUCCCUGCUGAGUGGGGUUUGGAGGGACCAUCUCAGCCUUCACAUCCUGGAGCUAGGAGAGAAGCCUGACAACAUGACAGAAAAUCCACUGCCAUAGAUGAAGGCACCACUCCACCUUCUGUGUAGGUAGCUGGGCUGGGACAGAGCCCUGAGUCUCUUCCAUUCCUUUCCUUUCCCUUCCAGAACUCCCACCACUGCCUCUCCUACACACAGCCCUCAGCUGUCUUACCUUCUGGGUAAUCUGACAUCCUUUUCCCCUCAAAGACCAAAGAUCUGACUGGUCAAGGUCCCUAAAGAACCUGGUAUAACCAAUGGCCCCCAGUGGUUCCUGCCCUAUUCCUUCCAGCCACUGUGCUGUUUUAAAUAUAUGGUAGCAUCUGGUUGUGAAGAGACAAUCAUGUGCUAAUGACAUUCCUCAAUGACCUCCAAAUCUUCCAAGAUGCCUUACCUCUUGCUGCCAUGACAACCUUUGGCUUCCUAGACACCUAGAAGGAGGCAGUGGGAAUGUAGAGAGAGUAGGAAGCUCAGAUUCAAGGGACCAGAGUUCUAAUCCCUGGUCUGACACUCACUGGCUCUGUGAUCUUAAGAAAGCUUCUUCCCUUACCCAGCCUCAGUUUCCCAACCUGUACAAGGGAUCAGAGGAUCUCUGAGGUGUCUGCCAGCUAACACUGUGUCUGUCAUUCCUGGGUCUGCAACACAUGUCCCCUGGCUAGAUAGGCAUGUCUCUCCCAUGAUCUUUAAGCAUAGAAGUGGGUGUGGUGGUGUAAUUAAUUGCACUUUUAUGCCUGCUGCCUUAGUGUUUGGCUAUUACUAAAAAAAAAAAAAUAGAUCUGGAGUAUUUCUUUCCACUGCCUUCUACACCUCUCCAUCAAUGGCAGUGGGACACUUUGGCCUGUCAUCCUUUAAGGAUCAUCCUCCUGGAUAAAGGAUCAUUCUUCCUUUAAGAAUCAUUUUUCCUCCUGAGCCCGCCACACUCAGAGUGGAGGACACACAAUAGUCAGCUUCUAGCAGCACCUGACAACCUGGUGCUCCCAGAAACCUUUCUUCUUAAAUGUGAUCUGGUUCCUUUCCAAGCUCAAAGGCCUUGUCUAAAACCCCUCUUCACAGGAUAGAGAGCGAACCCCCUGCCAAACCAACACGUGUUGCUUUGAUGGAAGCUAUCAUACCCCUGAGCAUGCUGCUCCCAACACAGGUACUCUCUACCCCCUCCACUGGGGACAUGAGGAGCUGUGGUACUACACCUGUCCUUAUUCUCCCACCUCACACCUCUGCCACCUUAUGAGAACAAGAGGCAACAGGGCCACAGAGACCAGUGAGCUGGAGGUCAGCACAGAGCAGGACACCAAACCUAUACAAAUAACCAAAUCUGAGUCCUUUCCUAGUCUUACCUUUUGCUGGCUAAAGCCUUGUGUAAUCUUAAAGCUAUACCCCUCACAGGCAUGCUGUUCUGUGACUGCUAUUAGGGUCUUAGUGCCAUACCUUUCUCAUGACUCCAAUCCUAGGAAGAGGAAAUUCAUUGGUAGGCUGGUAAAUGUGUAGCAACCUGUUUUCUGGGGCAAUCCCACCCCCAAUUUUAGCAUUUGCCUAUUUCUGUGGUGUAAAUACUCUCACAUGGCUAUUUCAAACUACUAAAUUGAUGUUACUGAAUUCCAAGCUGGGAGGAGAUACCAAGGAUCUACUCUCAUGAAGCAGCACAAACUGGCUCUAGAACACUAUUGGACAUUUGCUUCCUUUAAACUCUAGAGACUCAUUCGUAGCAAUUCAUUAUUCUUGUAGUUUGUUUCUGCUACAAACAUCUUGACUUGUCUUCCUACCCCUAAGAUAUCAUCUCUGGCAAAUGAUAAGCACAUAUUUAUUUUGCAGCCAAAAAUGGCAUUUCUGUCCAUAGAUAUAAAACCAAAUGCCAUGUCAGACACACCCAAGACACUAGGAUCCCAAACUCCUCCGGCUUCUGCCUCUUCCCUUUUCCAGGUGAGUCCACAACCUCAGAAUUCCCUGGAAAACCUGUUGGUGUAGAUUGUGGUGGUCUGAGCUCUAUUAAAUUUGUCAUUAAAAUGUACCUGUGUGGCAUCAAAAGGUGAGCUGAAAUCACUGCAAGGUCUGCAGAAUGAGGGGGUGAGCUGCUUCCCUCUCUGGCAGAGCUUAGGAGAGCUUGAAUGGCACGCUGGGAGGCUGUUGUCGGGGUUGGGAGGAUUUGGUCUGUUUCUUUAGUAGUAAGGUAAUUGGUGAGAAGGCAAGCCACUAAUACAAACACUGAGGCUUUUAUAAUGAUGUGGGGAGACAUCCCAAUGACCUCUGGUUGGAGCAGAAAGGACAGUUUUCUCUCUACUCUCAGACGCUUUCUACAGAAAUCGAAGGAACUUAAAGUUCUUAAAUACUCCUUCCACAAAAAAUAAGCAAGUGCUCCCUUCUCUUGCUUUCCU